AUGCUAGAUAUAUAUCGACUGUUUGCGCUGGGCGCGCUGGUAACUCUGGGAGUUUUCCUGAGUCGAAGGCAGAAGCGCGAUCCCCGCGAGCCUCCUGCAGUGGGCAGCAGUAUCCCGAUUAUCGGCCAUCUGCUGGGACUGCUGUGGUAUGGCACGGAAUACUUCAGCCUCAUGGCUGAAAAAUAUAACUAUCCGAUAUUCUCGUUAAGUACGGUGGUUGGCAAAUUUUAUGUGGUGACGUCGCCCGCCCUGCUCCAGGCGGUCCAGCGCAAUAAGUCUCUUACGUUCGAUCUGUCUAUCGCAAUGUCCGCAGAGCGCAUCGUGGGCAUUCGCGGGCGAGGGGUCGAAAUACUGCGUGGGAAGCAGUCAGGAGGCCAGGGACUAACCCACGUGGUGACUCAUGCAACCAAUUCGACGCUGUCCGGUCGACCGCUAGAUCGCAUGAAUGAGCGUAUGACACGGCUGCUGAGGCCGCUGGUUGACGAGCUUGCUACAUAUAAGACAGUCGACUUGUACUCCUGGUGCUCCCAUGCGAUCACAAUGGCUAGCACAGAGGCCUCCUACGGGCCAUUAAACCCAUAUAAGAGACGAGAGAUCGAGGAUGCGUUCUGGGCAUUCGAAUCGAACCUGAGCCCGUUGAUGGCGAAUAUUGUGCCCCAGUUGACUGCACGAAAGGCGUGGAAAGGGCGUGAGUCUAUGGUUAAGGCGUUUGUGAAGUACUAUCGGCUGGGAGGCUAUAAAGACGGAUCUGAGAUGACGCGUAUCCGGUAUAAGACCUUGCGAGAAGGUGGGCUGACGAUCGAGGAUAUCGCGCGCUCCGAAGUGAUAAUGGGUAUCGCUCUACUUACCAACACGGUUCCUGCCACCUUCUGGCUCCUUUUUGAGCUCUGUUCCCGGCCCGAACUGCUGGAGGAGACUCGCCAGGAAGUCGCGCAGAAUGCGCUACGCGUAACCGAUGACAACGUGCAUGUUAUUGAUAUCUCGGCGCUGCGUGAUAACUGUCCACUCCUAGUCUCCGCUUUCCAAGAGGUUCUGCGCAUAAAAAGCACAAGUUCGCCGAUCCGCUUCGUCAUGGACGAUCUUGUUCUUGCCAAUGGAUACUUGCUCCGAAGCGGAAGCGUGAUUAGCAUGCCGGGGCCAUCUAUAGGCCGGGACCCGGACGCAUGGGGAGCUACAGCAGGAGACUUCAACCCGAAGAGAUUCCUCAAGACGAGCAAAAACCCCCGUCGCCCGGGUGGACUCAUGACCUUUGGCGUGUCGCCUGUUCUGUGCCCGGGCCGGCAUUUUGCCAGCUCGGAAAUUCUGGGAAUGGUCGCUAUGAUGAUCCUGCGGUACGAUCUGGUCCCCGUGGAUGGGAAAUGGGACUCUCCGCCGGGUAACUCUUUGGCAAUUACGUCUACCAUGAGGCCGCUUAAGAGUGGUUUCGCUGUGAGAGUGUCUUCACGGAAGGAGUUUGAAGGUGCGACAUGGGACUGCGAGGCGCAAGAGGGUAAUGGGAUGUUUAACCUGAUGGUUGGAUAG